AUUCAAGAUGGCGCCGAGUAACAAUCGUCGAAGGUUGUGAUUUUCGAAGUAGGAUUCCUACGAAAACUUUCGUGUUUUGUAAACAAAAUGAUGACUGACACGGAAUAGCAAUUGAAAUGGCGGAAACUAAAUUUGCCUUGGCGAGACUGCCACCAUUAUCAGGUGGGAAAAUAGCCAGCAUAUCACCAAGAGCUACCAAUCGUUUUGAUGUGUUCGGUGGCCCCAGCUACAGAUUAGAAAACAAGGAUUAUCCACUUCCCCUGCCAAAAGCACUCAAGCCUUAUGUGGACACCAAGGCCGGAGAGCUGGACACAUGGCCAGCACAUGCCAGUGGUCAGGCACUGGCUGCAACAUCAGCCAUGCUGUCCAAGAACAAGAGCCUGGUGAUGCUCAGUGAGGAUGAGAGCGGCAAACCCAAGAUGAUCCCCAAGCCCCGAUUCCUGGAACAGCUGGAGAACUUUCUGAAGAAGGAGUUGAGAGCCCUUGGCGUCACAGAAGUCUUACCAAGUGAACUGAGGCUCCAGGCCCAUCGUGAAGUAUUUGAGUACUUGAUUGAAGACUUCAAGACAUAUCGCCACCUGUUGGCAGCCAUUAAGAACGAGUACGAGAUGAUGCUGGCAAGUCAGAGGCAGCAGAUCAGGGAGCUGGAACCACUUCGGCAAAUGUUGGUGACAGUGUCGGAGCAGUGUGACCAGAAAGUCAUGGCGCUCCGAGAAGAAGAGAAACAAGAGAUCAUCGAGCUGAAAGCACACAACACAGGACUGCAGAUGCAGAUCUCCUCCAUGAGGAACAAGCAGAAGGACCUCGAGGAACAGGUGGUCAGACUGCAGGACAAGCUGCAAGAAGAGUACCGCAAAUAUCGGGAUGAGUUUGAUGCUCGGAAACUGCUUGUGUCGGACAUCAAUGACCUCCGUUACCAGCAGGAGGACUAUCUUGUGUCUAAACAGAGCCUCCAGGAUGCACAGGAGGCCCAGGAAGACCCCGUCACACUUAAAAUAGCACUUAGGAAAGCUCGUGAGGAUGAGAAAAGUGCGACCCAGCGGCUGAAUGAGAUGGUAGCUAACUAUGGUGACGUGAUACCCCGACGAGACUUUGAGGCAUUAGAAGCUAAACAUAAGAAACUGGAGGAGGAGAGUGCAGUCUCAAAGGAUGACUUCAGGAAACUGCAGGUUGAGCAUGAGGCUCUGCUUGAUGUACAGAAGCAGGUGACACAGCAGAGAGAUGAGUUCUACCUGGAGCUGGAGACUCUCAAGAGGAGUUCCACACCUAGGCCGGACUGGGACCGAUGUGCCGACCACAUCAAUGGUGGCCUGGCACGAUGGAAGGAGAUGGCGGAGGGCAAGCGGAGCAAUGAGCUGGUGGACGUGUUGCUCACUGAGAUCGGGUCAGGUGGACUUGUCGACUCCGCUGGGGCAGACUUCUUCGAUUCAAAGGGCAGUGGUGCGGACAUUCCAGCCUACCUCAGGUCAGAUGGUCAGGUCCGCAACCGGCGUCUUGGCAAGAGAGACUGCUCACUCCUCAUCAAGGAUAUCUGGAGGGAAAAGGGCGCCCAUGAUGCCCAGAAAACUGAUGGAAAGCGUGAGAAUAUGGCAGAGUUCCUGCACAUGUACCUACAGCGUCGCUUCUCCCUGGAUACCAUGGUGAUGGAGUGGGGCUACAACCUGCAUGACGCCCUGCAGCGCUAUGCCAAUGAUGACAACAUUGGACUCUUCUGGGGGGUGCUCACAGGGGAGGUUGAUGAGGAGGUCUACCACAAGCAGCUGCUCCUCAUCCAGAAACUCAUCACAGCCCUCACCAAGAUGGACUCGGAGCAGGGCAACCAGGGCCAGCUGUCCCGGGAGGACUUCAGGGCGGGGCUGCAGGAGUUCUUCUCUGGCAUAGAGGAGGAAGCCGUGCUAGCCAUGGUGCAUGCCGCCGAGGUCGAGCUGGAUGCCAAGGAAUCACCUGAUUUGGAGUAUAAGAAUCUCUUCAUGGAGGAUGAUGAAGGUAGAACUGGUCCAUUCUUGGAUUCAGUUAAGAAAUGGCUGAAAGAUGAGCGCAAAGUUUAUGUAGAAGACAUCAAAGUGAAGCUGGAAGACACAGAUCCUGUGAGCCCUGAUGACCUCAAGAGAGCACUGAGCCUGGCUGACCCCGAGAUCACUAGUCAGCAGAUGGACUCAUAUCUGGCCUGGGCAUUCCGCGUCCCGCCAGAAACUGUCUACGACUGCAACCCUCUGGAACAAGCCACCAUCUUACAGAGACUGGAGAACGGCAACGUCUUCCGAGUCGGCCAGAAGAUGUAAUAAACCACAUUCCUGCAAGUUCUUUUAUAAUGUUCACCUGUUUUUAUGGCCCUAGAAGUUGGAGGUUUCCUUGAGUCUGUGACCCUUUCCUUGGAACCCAACAAUGUUCUUUGCUUCUGAAGCCAUAGUUACUUACUCAACAGAACAUAUAUUUGCCUGAGUCUUUGGCUAGAUGUUGAAGGCACGGACUGGUACCAUCUGUUUUACUGAAUGAAGUCACAAGAGGUUGAUCUCUAAGCUAAUUAUUACCCACGACAGUAUAUGAUAAGCACAGUCAUAUUGUUUUGGUAAAAGAUGCCAUACUUGAAGUUAACAGUUAAAAUAACCCUAUACAUGUUGAUGAGGAUGUUUUUAUCUGCAGCUUUAAUCUUUUCAGGUGAUAUUUUACUUGUGCCUUUAGACAAAAAUGUUGAACUGAAAUGAUCUAGCCAUGUGGUCCAGAUUUCUUCCUGUUUCCAAAGACGCCAUGUACUGGCUGUGAUGAUAUUGUACCAAUACUUUCUGCUCAUGAUGUUGAACUCCAAAGUGAACAUGAAGCUCAGUUUACACUAUUGGACAUUUUAAUGUAUUUUAGCGACUUUUACAAUAAUCCACUUCCAUUAAAUAAAUAUUGCAAGCUUUAAAUAUCUCCUCCAGCUUUUAUUGAUGGUAUACACUUUCUCUGUUUGUAUACUGAUUAUGAAUUAAGUAUUACAUAACCUAAAGUUCACAUGACUAUGUCCUUUGUGUUAUUUAGUAAUGUCAUUGCUCUAUCACCAAAGAUUCAGCAUUAUACCAGGGACUUCACUACUUUUGAAAGUCUUCACCAAAGUUACGUUGUAAUUCCUUCCCUUGUUGAUAUGUGAUAUUACUGCCAAAGAAGUGUAUAACAGACUUGUGUAUUUAUUAUGCUUUUAAAAGUGAGAUCCAUUUUCUGUCCAGUGACAUUUUGUAAAAUGUCUAAUUGAACAACAUGUAUGCUUUUAUUCUUGACCAAAGUCUGGGGUGUUAAUGGCUUUGUAAUAACGUUCCUAUAUCACUGCAAUAGGAGAUGGACGGAGGAGCCAAAGAAACUAUACUUCUCUGUUGGUGUUAUCAUAUUGAUUUUCGAUUGAAAAUAUCUUCAGUUAGCAAUAUCAUAUCCAAACUUAGUCAGCACUCAUAUAAUACUUCCAUAUUGUUUCAUUCUUUAUAACAUAAUUUGAUUUUAAACUUUUAAAAAUAUAUAAUGUUUUUUGUGUGUAUAGAACACAACUGAUAAUGGGUGUCUUGUCUUUGAAAAUCAAUAUAAAAAAUAAUUUCAGCUGAAAUUUACAAAAUUUCAAACAUGUAGGGUCAGUGGUAGCAAAUUCAUUUCGUACUCCAGUCUUCAUUGACUCAAUAUUCUUUUACACAAGAUUAUCCAGCCACAGAUUACUUUUUACAAACUGUAUAGGAAUGAGGGAGGGUUAAAUAGGCAUGGUCAAAUUAGCAACAGUUCUUUCAAUUUUGAAUCACAUAAAAAAUAAACUUGGUAUGCAUUCUUUUGCCUCUCUGUAUAUAUUAUCUAUGUGUAUAUGUACUGUGAUUGUGUAGUUUAUACUAUAUUUGUGGAAUCCUACUGACUGUUGGUGAAUGUGGUCAGUCCAUGUAGGGGCAGACUUCACCAUGUGAGUGUCAGAAUCCACUGUAGAAAUAAUGAGGGUAUGAGGGCACUUGGGAAACUAAUGAUAUAACAUAUUUGUUGAACUUAAUUGAGUACAGAAAAUACACCAUACAAAAUAUAAACAUAAUAUCUUCCGUGACAGCCGGGGUGGUGGGAUAACCUAGUGGUUAAAGCGUUUGCUUGUAACGCUGAAGACCUGGGUUCGAUUCCCCACAUGGGUACAAUUUGUGAAGCCCGCUGGUGUACCCCGCUGUGAUAUUGCUGGAAUGAUGCUAUGACACGGAAUGUGUGCUUCUUUGAAGACUGGCUUCUAAACAGGCUAUGUUGAAAGCUAGGACCCAGUGACAACAGUAUUAUAUCUUUUCCCCUGAAAUUGUUUGUUCGUUUUGGUGUCAGUGUUGUAAAUAUAUAUAUGUAUACUGUGAUCUAUGUAUUUAAAAACGAAGUUGGUAUGAAUAAAUAUGUUAAGUGUA